AUGGAGAUCCUGCUACUCAAAACACGUCAGAAAAGGCAAGUAGCUGCCAUUAGUACUCUGUUAUUAUUAUUAUUAUUAUUAUUGUGGGGAGUGGGAGGUGAGACCCUUAAGUAUUCCAUUUUAGAAGAGAGGAACAGCGGUUCUUUAGUGGCCAAUUUAGCAAAAGAUCUGGGACUGAGUUUAGGUGAGCUGAAUGCACGGGGCACCCGGAUUAUUUCCAAGGGAAAUAAGCAGCUUCUGCAGUUUGAGCAGAAGAGUGGGAAUUUGCUCCUAAAAGAAAGACUGGACCGGGAAGAGCUGUGUGGUGACACAGAUCCAUGUCUACUGCAUUUCCAAGUGUUGCUGGAAAAUCCGGUACAAUUUGUUCAAGGUGAAAUCUAUCUCCAAGACAUAAAUGACCAUGCUCCAGAAUUCUUGGACAAGGAAAUCAUCUUGAAAAUCUCAGAAAUCAGUCACCCAGGGACUAUAUUUCCUCUAAAAAUAGCUCAAGAUUUAGAUGUGGGUAGUAACACAGUUCAGAACUAUACAAUUAGCACCAACUCCUAUUUUCACCUCUCCACCCAAAGUCACAGAGAUGGCAGGAAAUAUCCGGAACUGGUUCUGGACAAAGUAAUGGACCGGGAACAAGAGCCAGAACUCAGAUUAACUCUCACAGCCCUGGAUGGUGGGUCACCGCCUAGGACUGGGACUUCCCUGGUUCUCAUUAUGGUUCUUGACAUAAACGACAAUGCCCCAGAAUUUGCACAGCUUCUCUAUGAGGUUCAGGUCCCCGAGAACAGUCCUAUAGGGUCCCUUGUCAUUACUGUCUCUGCUAGGGAUUUGGAUGCUGGGACCCAUGGGGAACUCUCCUACUCAUUUUUCCAGGCCUCGAAGCAAAUCAUGCAGGCUUUUGAAAUAAACACAGUCAUGGGAGAAAUUCGAUUAAAGAAAAUGUUGGAUUUUGAGGGAAUCCAAUCUUAUCAAAUGGAAAUUGAGGCCUCAGAUGGUGGAGGUCUUUCUGGAAAAUGCACGGUUGCCAUAGAAGUGAUAGAUGUAAAUGACAAUGCACCAGAACUGACCUUGUCAUUACUCAAUAGUAAUAUACCAGAAAAUUCUCCAGACACUGUGGUUGCUAUUUUCGGAAUUUCCGACCCAGAUUCUGGGGACAAUGGGAAAGUGACAUGUUCCAUUCAAGACCGUCUUCCCUUCCUUUUGAAACGAACCAUAGAAAACUUCUAUACCUUGGUCACUGAAGGAGCACUGGACCGAGAACAGCAGGAGGAGUACAACAUCACCAUCACCGCGACAGACAUGGGCACCCCCAGGCUGGCAACGCAGCACACCAUCAGGGUGCAGGUGUCCGACGUGAACGACAACGCCCCCGCCUUCAGCCAGCCCUCCUACACCCUGCUGGUGGGCGAGAACAACAGCCCCGCGCUGCACAUCGGCAGCGUGAGCGCCACGGACGCGGACGCGGGCAGCAACGCGCAGCUGACCUACUCGCUGCUGCCGGGCCCCGAGCCUUGGCCCGCGCAGCUGCCGCUCGCCUCGCUGGUGUCCAUCAACGCGGACAACGGGCAGCUGUUCGCGCUGCGCUCGCUGGACUUCGAGGCGGUGCGCGCCUUCGAGUUCUCCGUGCGCGCGCAGGACCGCGGCUCGCCCGCGCUGAGCGGCCAGGCGCGGGUGCGCGUGCAGGUGCUGGACCGCAACGACAACGCGCCCUUCGUGCUGUACCCGCUGCAGAACGCGUCGGCGGCGUGCAGCGAGCUGGUGCCCAGGGCGGCCGAGGCGGGCUACCUGGUGAGCAAGGUGGUGGCGGUGGACGGCGACGCGGGCCAGAACGCCUGGCUGUCCUUCCAGCUGCUCAAGGCCACGGAGCCCGGGCUCUUCAGCGUGUGGGCGCACAAUGGCGAGGUGCGCACGGCGAGGCCGCUCAGCGAGCGCGACGCGCCCAAGCACAGGCUGCUGGUGCUGGUCAGGGACAAUGGCGAGCCGCCGCUGUCGGCCAGCGUCACGCUGCACGUGCUGCUGGUGGACGGCUUCUCGCAGCCCUUCCUGCCGCUGCCCGACGCGGCGCCCGGCGCGGCGCCCGACGACCGCCUCACCGUCUACCUGGUGGUGGCCUUGGCGUGCGUGUCGUCGCUCUUCCUCUUCUCGGUGCUGGCCUUCGUGGCUGUGCGCCUGUGCCGGCGGGCCGGGCCGGCGGCGGGGGGCGGCUACCCCUACCCGGGUCUCCCCGACGCCCCCUUUCCAGGACAGCUGCUGGACGCCAGCGGCGCGGGGACCCUGUCCCACAGCUACCGGUAUGAGGUGUGCCUGGCGGGGGGCGCUGGCACCAAUGACUUCAAGUUCCUCAAGCCCAUUCUGCCCAUGUUUCGGCCACAAGCCACUGGCGAUGUCCUAGAGGAAAACCCCACCUUUCCGAAUAGUUAUGGGACUAGUUAGGAUAUGUCCCUGAUGUGUGUUUUGCUACUCUCAGUGUCCUGGAGAUACUUUAAGAGUAUAGAAAGAAAA